CUGCCUUAGCAAAACACCUUAAAAAGGGCACUGGAGAGAUCUCUGAUUUCUCAGCGCCUGCUGCCACAAAGUUUGGGAUUUGCAAAACCCUCUCUCUCUCUCUCAAAAUCUCUUCUUCUUCUUCUUCUUCUUUGUGUCUCUCUGUCAAGUAGUUUGAGCAUCAGACAAGGAGAUUACAAAUCAAGAAGAUUUGAUCAGAUGGGGAGCAGUUAUUUUGGGGAGCCAAACAUGGGAAAUGAUCAAAGAGGAGGAGGAAAUGGAGGAGGAGGGUCUUCUUCUUCUUCAUCUUCAAGGAAAGGAAAGAAGAGUAAUUCAGACAAGCCAAAGCAACCUCAGAGAGGGCUUGGAGUGGCUCAAUUGGAGAAGAUCAGAUUACAUGGCCAAUUGGGUUGCACUUAUCACCCCUCCCUCCACUCUCCCUACUCCACUAAUUUCACCAACGAAGAGACAAGAGUGCAAACAGCUUAUUCAUCAAUACCCUCAUCCUCUUUCUCUUCUUCUUCAUCCUCUACAUCUUCUUCACUCUCUUAUGGUUUCCACCCCAACAUCAUGAUGGGGCUUGGUGAAUAUGAAAGAGCAAAUAUCGUAUAUGGUGGAGAUAAUUCCCCACCUAGUUCAACAGCAAGAUGGGACGUCCACAGUAAUGCCAUCUUGGACACCCAACAUUUUGUGCAACCAAGCAUGACGAGACACCUUCUCAAUCCGCCUCCAGUAGAGGACUCUCAGCACAAGAAGAGCAAAAAACAUAGAAGUAGCUCGAUGGGUUCAAGCAGUCAGAACUCAGAAUCAAGUGACACUCAAGAGCUAGAUUUGGAGCUCAGACUCUCACUUUAAGUGUUCUUGAUUUCUUGCAACACAAGUAGAGUGCAUGCAUAUGAGUUCGCAACUAGAACAAUAUGCUUUUACUUGGCAAUUUCGAGCUGAUCAAAAUGGCGCUUCAAGUUGGGCAAGGCAAUUGCAACAAUUUCACUUUCAUUUUCACGUGGAAAAGAGCUCAUGUAA